UUACCGUUGAGAACAGUUGCUUGAGGUGUCUGUGGGGUGUGCGCGAAGUAGUUUGUUUGUCACUACAAAAAAAGCAAAACAAACUACAAGCCCAUUUCCCCCACAUUCUUUUAAUUACUAAUAAUUCAGCGAGUUAUAUAUAUACAUAUAUAUGUAUAUAUAUAUAUUAUAUAUACUCUGAGUAACGACGAAUAAGAAAGUCUUUAGCGGAUUGUCGAGGGGUGUGACUCGGUCAAGCUGCCUAUCCAAGAGGCACCGCGUCAGGCUAUGUACCAGCGAAAGCCAGUGACAAAGAAAAAAACGGAAAAGAUUGUAAAAAGGUAGACCACACUGAGACCCCGAAGGUGAGGACCCGCGAGAAACAACACCUCCCCAUCAUUAAACGGCGGAGUUUGUUCUUUGUUUCCUCGUCGAAGAAGACGAUGUGAAGGGAGAAGAUUAAGGGGGAGUGAAAGAGAGAGAGAGAGAGAGAGAGAAGAAGAAGCUAAUGCUAUACGACGAGAGAAUGUGUGGGAAGGGCAUGAUGUGCCGCGGGGAAGUCCAGAGCCACGACCUGUCGAUUAAGCAGGAGCUCAAGGAUGAGGAGUCGAGAAGAGCCAAGCACAGCUGGCACAAAAGCGGGAGAAGGCGAUGGCACAGUGACAGGAGAGAACACCGUCUCGUCGUCCGCCGCAACCCACCGAGACCGCGGCGCUCUCCGGUCUCCUUGUCGCUGCGGCCGGCGAACAUACGCGGCAGGCGCGCGCCGGGGAUGCGCGCGCCGCGCAACACCAACCAGUUCCUCAUGCACGAGAAGUACCAGCUCAUGCACAUGCGCUCCGACUCGGUCGGCACUGACAGCGCCUCCGACUGCGAGCUGGACCCCGCGGAUAUGGACUCGUACCUCGGGGUGCUCGAGAACGCCCGGGGUGCGCUCCUAGACAGCCCCGACCUCAGCGAGACAUUUCACUUCUUCACGUUCUCAGACAUGGAGCGCGAGGACAGCAUGCAGUACUUUCCGUCCGAGAACGACGUCUUACAGAGCGAAGAUUUCAUGCAGAGGGACUUUAAACAGUUUUGUGACGCCGUGGCUUGUACAUAAAAACACUCGCCACAGGUAACCAGCCUGGUGCGUGCACUGAGUACAUCAGACCAAAAUGACAUUUAUAUGUAUAUAGCAACUUUGUGAUAAUGGCAUGCCGUUAUGUUUGUGUGUGUUUGUUUUUCUUUACUGUGCAUUGUUGUUGUUUUUUUUUUUGUAACGGAAGUGUAAAAGCAGUGGAGUAGGAGUGGCAGAGCAGCAGCCAAUCAGAUUCGAGAUCACUCAGUCCCUCCUCCUCCUCCUCCUCCUCCUCUUACCAGCUGCUUGAACCCCCCUCCGUAUUGGGGCAUCUAGUGCACUACAAUAGGAGAAAAGGAAGCCCUUCUACCCCCGAGUGGUGCACUUGUUUACGGAGUUAGGGAGCCGCUUGAGCUUCAGUCUCUGUAUCUUCAUGUUAAAGUGACGCUUUGUAAACUGAACUUUAAUAAAUGACGUUUUUAAGUAA